AAGCCUGUAAAUCCGCUCCGAGAAAUGGCAGAAACCGCUCCAGCUGCUGCCGCUCCGCCGGCCAAAGCGCCCAAGAAGAAGGCCGCCGCCAAAGCCAAGAAAGCAGGUCCAGGUGUCGGUGAGCUGAUCGUCAAAGCCGUGUCCGCGUCCAAGGAGAGGAGCGGCGUGUCCCUCGCCGCGCUGAAGAAAGCUCUCGCCGCCGGCGGCUACGACGUGGAGAAGAACAACUCCCGCGUCAAGCUCGCCAUCAAGAGCCUGGUGACUAAAGGCACCCUGCUGCAGGUCAAAGGGACCGGCGCCUCCGGCUCCUUCAAGAUCAGCAAGAAGCAAGCCGAGACCAAGAAGAAAGCGGCUCCUAAAGCCAAGAAGCCCGCGGCCAAGAAACCCGCUGCUGCCAAGAAGCCCAAGAGCGCAGCGGCGAAGAAGCCCGCCGCGAAGAAAUCGCCCAAGAAACCCGCCGCAGCCGCCGCUAAGAAGCCGACGAAGAGCCCCAAGAAGGCGAAGAAGCCAGCGGCGCCCAAGAAAGCAGCCAAGAGCCCCAAAAAGGCCAAGACUGCCAAACCCAAGACGGCGAAGCCUAAAGCUGCAAAGCCUAAAGCUGCUAAACCUAAAGCUGCAAAGCCUAAAGCCGCUAAACCUAAAAAGGCAGCUCCAAAGAAGAAAUAAACAUCUUCUGUUUUAUUCCCCAACGGCUCUUUUCAGAGCCACACACUUCAUCUGAUAGAGAGCGCUUUUCUAUUAAUUUAUUUAAUUUGCCACAACACAACACACUUUUAAAGAUUAAAGUGUUAGCAAUCAUAAAUACACAACUGA